AUGGAAGGCCAACAGGUAGCAUGGAGGUUACAGGUAGUAGGAUGCAUGCCCCCACCGGUAUCAUCAGCUGUCAUCCUAACUAAAGCUGUUGGAGGAAAUGAGGCGGCAGCUAUUUUCAAUUCAGCAUUUGGCAGUUUUCUGGGCAUAAUUGUGACGCCUAUCUUGUUACUUAUAUUUAUGGGAUCAUCAUCUUCUGUGCCUUUUAGUUCUAUUUUAAGUCAACUUUCAAUGACUGUAGUAGUGCCUGUAAUAGCUGGGCAGAUUGUAAGGCAGUUCAUUAAGGAUUGGUUAGAGAGGACCAAGCCUCCAUUUGGCCAGAUGGGCAAAGGAGUUUUACUACUAAUUAUUUACUGUACAUUCUGCGAUACAUUCUCAAACCCUUCUCUUCAAAUCAACCACUACAGCCUUAUUGCAAUAGCAGUUGUAGUGUUAUUGGUGCAGCUGUUUUUACUUCUCCUCACAUUCCUAUCUUCACAAUUACCCUUCUUUGGCUUCAGCCCGGCCGACAGCGUAGCCAUUAUGUUCUGUUCGACGCAUAAAUCAUUAACGUUAGGUAUACCUAUGUUGAAGAUAGUAUUUGCUGGUUAUGAUCAUCUGUCCCUCAUCUCUAUACCUCUCUUAGUCUACCAUCCCACCCAGAUCCUUCUAGGUGGGGUAUUAGUAGAGUAUGUUAGGAAUUGGAUGGUAGCAGCUCAGAAAACAAGGAGCAAAGAAGGAGGACUCAGUAGUGUUACCUCAACAGAUGGUUCAACCACACCCAGAACCAGGAUCCCAAAAAGUUAGACCAGGAACCGAAGACAAAGGAGAUGGACCAACUACAAAGCCAGACUGAAAACAGACCAGAAGAUGAAAAUGAAAGAAUUUUUGCUGAAAGUUUAUCAUUAGAUGGUCUGACUACUAAAAGAGAAAGUCUAAUAAAUAUUCCAUCUUUUUUUAUAAAGCAUAAUCUUUGUAAGUAUUGGUUAUGUUUUGGAGGACCAGAUGUACAAUUUUUUAUUUAUUAGAAGUAUAAAAAUAUGUAUAUACCCGUUAGUCGAUUACAGAAGGCCAAUAUGUUGUUCCAUUAUUCUGUUUCUUACUGAGUAAAUGCCUUUUAUAUCAAGAGAUAAUUUUGGGAAUAAGCUAAACAAAUAAUCUUUUUCCAUUCAGUUUGUAGACUACUUCAUAAUUCUUUAGUUACUCCCUUAUAUACAUAUAAUGAUUUAAAGGUGUACUUCAGGCUGAGGAUAAUAUGAUUUGAACGGAUAAAAAAAAUCAGAAAAACUUAACACUAAAAUUUCAUCGAAAUUGGGUUUGAAUGAACAAAGUUAUGACAUUUUAAAGAUGUACAUUAUUUCUGUGAAACAGUUCUAUCCAUGUCUUCAAGAGUAGUCAAUGAGCAAACUGAUAAUGUCAUAUCCCCACUUGUUCUGUUGUAUUUUAUUUUAUGAAAUUUUGUUUAUUCAAAUUUUGUCCUCCAAAAACACACAAAAAUGGAUUGACAAAUAAUUUAAUGCAGUAGAUAUUUAUUGCUGCAACUUAUAUAUUAUUAUAAGGGAGAUAUAUCAUAUUUACAUGUAUGAAAAUAUGAACUGAUUAUGAUGUCAUACAAUAACAUAAGAAAGAGGAUAAUGGGGAUGUGACAUCCUUAGCCCACCUAUUCAUGAUGACUUGCUAAACUUUGAAAUUCAGUAACUUAGUUAUUUUUAUCACAUUUUGAUGACAUUUUUAGCAUUUUACUUGAAAAUUUUAAUCAAUUUAUUUAGAUGUGAUUAUUUUCAGCCCGGAGUACCCCUUUAAUGUCGAUGGGCAUGCUGGUAUUAUAUCAGUAAUAUAAGGAUUAAGGAAUGUGAUAUUAUGACACCUUUAUCCCAGUGACUAUUGAUUUUGAUACAGGACCAGUACUGAUUAUUACAUAGAAGAUAUUGAUGUGUGCUGAAAGACUGUUAGGCUGAAAUAUUUUCAAUUUACUUUGUUUCAGGAUCAAUUGAAAUCAUAUCUAAUUCAGGCAAAUGAAAAUAUAAGAAUUGAUUGAAUUAUUGAUAUCAUUGCUAAAUUAGAUGCAUCAAAUGUCAAAGCAGCUGUUCUUCAAGACAACCUCACUUUGAUGUGAGUCCGCACAGUUUUCUUUCAUAGGUUGUGACUGUCGUUCUAGUGACCGACAGUAACAAAGAUGAUGCCAUGGCAUCAUAAAUGUAGGGAUCAGGCAUUGGAGAAUCUAGAAAUGUGCAGUUAUUUUAAAAUCUUUUGAUUGAAAAAAAAAUGGUCUUGAUUGAUUUUGGCCCCAUUUGGAAUGAAAUUUAUUUGUACUCUCUUUUGUAUGAUCCACAUUUUCUCUAUCCAAUAUGCUUUAUAUCCAUCUUAGUGAUUCAUUUGACAUUUAUAAUGUCUUUUGGCUCCUCCGUGAGGGUGAGUUUUGGGUUUACCCACUUGUAUUCUGAAACAUUUCAUGAUUUUGAUAAUCGAAUAUACAUACAUGUACAUUAUGAAUGAAUAUAUCUUGUUGUCAUUCUGUAUGGUUCGUAAUUUCUCUACAUGAGAACAGAUUUCAUACAAAACAUGUUUGUUUUUGUACUUCCAGGCUAGGUGAUAAUGAGAUCUGAAUAGUUUGCAAUGUAUGCCAAAAUUCACCUCAUAAUACAGUAUAAAAAAGGUAUCAUUUUCACUUGAAUAUGAUCAUCUAUAAUGCUGCUACUUCAUGUUCAUGAAAAGGGGUAUGAUACUCCUUAUUUCUAGAAGCGAAUUCAGGAAAUUGCAAGUGCUUUAUUGUUUUACCGAUAAAUGUGCAAAAUAUAUACCCGGUAAGUGCAUUAUUUCCAAAAGAUAUGUUUAUGUAUUACCUCUCACAUGUUUACAGAGCAUGAUUUUUUUUAAAGAUUUUGAAAUGUAAUUCUGUAGAGAAGGAUUACAGGUUGACAGAUUAAAUGGAAAAUGUUCUGAAUAUGGUUUAUAUAGACUUGUAGGUCAGUGACAAAGACAUUGCUCCACAUUGAUUACCUAUCAUAAAAGAUGAUUACCUAUCAUAUAUCAUGUCAGCAUUUUGUUAAUUUACACUAUAAAUUGGCAGAUUUAUCAUAAUGUAUCAAAUUGUUGGUUAUUAAUUCAUUUAUGUUGAUGUAAUUGCAUAGGAACUAAUGUUGACAUGUGAUUAUGCCGCAAAUGAAAUCAUUUUUUGUUUAUGAAAACAUUGAUCAAGUGAAUCUCAUAACAGCCUGUUGUAAUACCAUUGGAAAAUAGAAAUCAAAACUAUAAUAUAAUGAUGUCUGUCUCUGUGUAUUCACGCUGUACAUGGGCUUGGUUAUUUUAUUUUCUAUGUGACUUCUAUGAAGAUUUUUUUUGUGUGUGUUAGUCACUUAGGUUUAGGGAGGGGGCUACCCUUAUCUAUAUCACUUUUUAAAAAAGAAGAAAAAUAUGUAAAGAGGAAAUGGGGGGGUAUCACCCACAUCACUCUUUUAUGUGACACUACUUUUUGGUUUCAUUGUUUCUUUUUAUUAUCAAUUUCUCUUAAGAUUAUCUGCUAUUAAUUGCAACAUUAUUUGACAACCAGAGUUUUCUGCAAGUCUAAAAUUAAUUGUUUAUACAACUGAUUUAAAGUGAACAUAAAUUAAUGAUAUUAGAAUGUUCACUCAACACUUUGUAUCCAAAAUAUUCUAGAUAUCUAGAUGAUAUUCUAUCCUCUUGGCGAUAUAAGACCUAAUUAAUAUGUUGAGUAUGUCAUGAGCAUGAUUGGAUUUGUCGAUUCCUGCAAUAUUGCAUUCUCACAUAUCAAUUUGAUUCUGGAAUGUUUUUGCAUAAUGUGCAACAUGUUCUUUUAGUUUAUUUCUCUUGUUUCCCUACCUUGAUCUCUCUCUCUCUCUCUCUCUCUCUCUCUUACCUUUUCUAUGCCUUUCUUCCUGCCUUACCAUUCCUUUCCUCUCCCAAUCAUGCUCACCCCCCCCUUAAUUCUCUCUUUACCCCCCCCCUUAUUUUUUUCACCUUGAUGAAUUCUCAAUAUUUACUUCAAGCUAGAUAAACCUGUUAUAUGUAGAUUUUAAGAAUUUGUAAAUACCUUCUUUUUUUUACAUCUGUAAUAUAAUAUUAUGUCAUCCUCUGUCUUUCAGUAAGGAUACAUAAAAUCUGAAUGGUAGAUGUAAAAAUACUAUUCUUGUUAUUCUGUAUCUCAACAAAAUGUGAAGUUAAUGAUGAUUCCAAGCUUAUAUCAUAACUAUUAUAAAUUUGAAGAGCAGAAAUUUUAUUGGUUCACAGUGCCUAUUGCUUUUGUUUGUUUGUAAUUGAUUAAGUUAGAGACUAAUGGUCAUUCCUUGUUUAGUUUUCGGUUAUAUUUAUCUACCUUUUUCUCAUCUUGAUAUGAUUUCAUAUUUAUAAUUUUGUUUCCUGAUAUACACUGUUAGUCAAUGAUUUUUAGAUAGUAAUAAUACCUAUUAGUGGGGGUGGGGUUUGGAGUGACAGUGAUGAAUAUUCACCCUUAUUAUGAAUGGCCUGUAUAGUUUUAUUUAUUGAAAUUGUUCUGAGUGAAUUUGUCUUUCAGCUAAGAUAAUUGAUUGGCCACAAGAUAAAUUUUAGAUGACGAGGAUCCAUAACACUAUUAUAAGAAAUAAUAGUCGGACACCUGUGCUUCUCAACCAAUUGAAAUCAAGGAAAUUCAUGAAAACUGACCAGCUGUCACAUGACAAAUGUUGAUGAAAGUCUCCAGAACCAGAUUUAAUCAUGUCUCUUAGAAUUUAAAGGUAGUGAUAUUUGAUAGUGUGUGCUAAGACAUUUUCCAAGUUUCAAUGAUUGCAUAUUUUGUCAGUGCCAUAUUCCUUGAACAUUCAGCACUCUCUGUGAUGAGAAUGUUUUAUUUUCUGAAAAUGCUUAGAAGACAGAGCAAGUGUGCCUUUACACAUGUCUAUUAUGAUGAUAUAUGUUGGAAUAAAAUUGAACAAUGUAAUGUA